AUGGAAGAAAAACAAGGCGUGGCAGGAAAUCAUCGAUGGGGGAAUGUCCCCUUCUUGGAAAGACUUCAUGACCCUUCUCCUCUUCUUACAGAAUCCUUUGUCAAUGGGUCGAAGAAAGGGGUUCUGAGGGCUUAUGGUGCUGAUUACCAGGUAGAUGAAAGCCUGGUGGUGAUGGUUACUAGUCUGGCGAUGAAUGGCAGAAGGUUCUAUAGAGACAAGAAAACAAGGGAGGAGGACUUGGUGAUUUUUUUUUACAAAGGCAAGGAGCGCUCAAGAGUUAACAAAAUGGUUGAUGGUGGCUACAACAGGAAAUAUCUUAUGGCUCCCUGGGUGGACAUGGCCGAGUUCAUCAUGAGGUAUAUUACGCUCAAUGGAAGAUAUGCCACUCCAAGUUGUUCGUGGGUCAUGGCCAGUAUGGAUCUAAGCAAGAGAGAGAGCGUUUUGGGAGUGAUCUGCUGUGUGUUGGUGUUUUUCACACUGCUCUCCAACAAGCCACUUUUCGAACAGGCCAUCUCCAAUGUCCUCAACAGCCAAUUUCAAGGAGAGCUGAAGAAUCACAAUUCAGACGAGUUGACAUUAGCUCUGGGCAGGGCUUCCAUGCCCAACAAGACGGUGAUAAUUACCACAGUGAACGCAGCGUGGAUGGAAUCUGGAGGCAUUUUUGACUUGUUUAUGAAGAGUUUUGAAAUUGGGGAAGAAACGCGACCACUGCUAAACAAUCUGCUGGUGGUUGCCCAUGAUGAAAAGGCAUUCAACGCCUGCACACAAAUCCAUCAUCACUGCUAUCGAUUAAAGACUGCAGGAAUUGAUUUUUCAGGCGAGAGCGUCUUCAUGUCGGAGGAUUACUUGAAGAUGACACGCUCUAAAAUCCUCUUCCUCACCAAUGUCCUACACAGAGGCUACACCUUUCUUUUCUCCGAUUCAGAUAUAAUAUGGCUUAGAAACCCAUUUCAGAGGUUUUUAAGGGACACAGAUCUUGAAAUGUCGUGCGAUAAGUUUUCAGGGAAUCCAGGUGAUAUGAGAAAUCAAGAAAAUACAGGGUUCAUGUUAGUCCGUUCAAACAAUAGGACUAUUCAGAUGAUGGAGGUGUGGCACAAUUCCACGAUAAUGAGGCCCCACAUGCAUGAUCAGGAUGUAUGGAACGCCAUUAAGUUGACUAGAAAUAUUACUGAAAUAGGUCUGCGUGCACGCUUCCUUGAUACCAAGUAUUUCAGUGGAUUUUGCCAAUCUAGUAAAGAUUUGAGUGUGGUGUGCACUAUGCAUGCAAAUUGUUGUAGAGGAUUGAAGGCCAAAAUUCAUGAUUUGAGAGACGCUCUUGAAGAUUGGACAUCCUUCCAAUCUAGUGGAUUGAAUAAGACAAAGGUGCAUUGGAGAGCUAGAGAGGAAUGUAAACGUUCUUGGCUGACAAAAUGA